AUGGCCAUCAUUGGGGGACUAGGUCCUGAUACAUCAUCCUUUAUGGCAGAAAGUGUACAUGUCUACAAAAUUCCACAGUUGACUUAUGGUUCCUUUGCCCAAGAGGACUUUCAGAUUACUGAGUUAUUUCCACUUUAUUACAUGGUCCCAAAAGAAGAGCAUCAGUACAUUGGACUUAUACAACUUCUUCUCCAUUUUGGAUGGACAUGGAUUGGACUCUUUGCUUCUGAAAAUAAGGAAGAACGUUUUUUGCAGAAACUGCAGCCGUUGCUUUCACAGAACGGGGUCUGUUUAGCUUUCACACAAAACAUUCCACAACAUCUCCACUUGGAAGAUUUGUCAGAAUUGUUAGAUUCAGUCUCAAUUAUUUCUGAUAAAUUGAUGGAUCAAAAAUCGAAUGUUUUUCUUGUCCAUGGAGAAUCCAUGUCAAUAGCGUGGCUCAUAAGUGUCAUGUUUCUACGUGGUUCCGAAAAUAAAGAGAGUGCAUUAUUUAGGAAGGUUUGGAUCCUGAUGAAUUCAAUUGAUUUCAUCCUGCUGGGAAAUCAAAGGAGUUGGGAUGUCCAUUUUUUCCAUGGGGCUCUUUCCUUUACUGUGCAUACAAGAGACAUUCAAGGCUUUAAAGAAUAUCUUCAAGCCAUCCAACUUUCAACCCACAAAGAUGAAUUUCUCCAAGAGGUUUGGGAGCAAUUGUUUGAUUGUUCAUUUUCAAAUACAGAAUUAUUUUCAACGAUCACUGAAACCUGUACUGGAGAAGAGAAUUUGGAGAAUAUACCUGGUCCUCUGUUUGAAUUUCAGAUGACUGGCCAAAGCUACAGUAUCUACAAUGCUGUACAUGCAGUGGCACAUUCUUUGCAUGAGGCAGUGAGAUCCAAAUCCCAACCAAGAGAGAUUCAAAGGGUUGAAUUUCCAAAUCUGCAGCCUUGGCAGAGAGUCAAAGUUGGAAAGAUGAAUCCUCAUAUUCCCAAUGUGAAGGAAUUAAUCAUUGAUGAAGGUGUCAUUGUGUGGCACCCAGCUUUUAACCAGGUUCUUCCAAUUUCUCUGUGUAAUGAGCAUUGCUCCCCUGGAUACUGGAAGAAAGGGUUGGAAGGAAAGCAAUUCUGUUGCUACGACUGUGUUCUGUGUCCAGAAGGGAAGGUUUCAAAUCAAAAGGAUAUGGAUGACUGUUUUCAAUGUUCAGAAGAUCAUUAUCCAAAUAAAGAAAAGAAAGGCUGUAUCCUGAAACUGCUGGUCUUUCUAACUUUUGAAGAAACCUUAGGAAUUGGUUUAUCCUCAGCAGCUCUUUGUUUCUUCCUCUUGACAUCUUGGGUACUUGGAACUUUUAUUAAGCACAGGGAUACUCCCAUUGUCAAAGCCAACAACCGGUCCCUCACCUACACCCUCCUUGUCUCUCUUCUGCUCUGUUUUCUCUCCUCUUUGCUCUUCCUCAGCCAACCUGGCAAAGUGACCUGCCUUCUCCGACAACCAACUUUUGGCAUCACCUUCUCAGUGGCCAUUUCCAGUGUUCUGGCCAAAACCAUCACCGUGGUUGUGGCUUUCAUGGCCACUAAACCUGGUUCUCAGAUGAGAAAAUGGGUGGGAAAAAAAUUGGCCUUUUCUAUUGUCCUUUUUUGCUCCCUCUUCCAAGUAUGUAUUUGUACUAUUUGGUUGUUCUCAUUCCCUCCAUUCCCUGAGUUGGACAUGCACUCAGAGCUCCAGGAAAUGAUUUUACAAUGCAACGAGGGGUCAACUUUCUUCUUUUAUUGUGUCUUGGGAUACAUGGGUAUCUUGGCCAUUGCCAGCUUUAUUGUGGCUUUCUUUGCCCGUAAAUUACCCGGCAGCUUUAAUGAAGCCAAGUUCAUCACCUUCAGCAUGUUGGCCUUUUGCAGUGUGUGGAUCUCCUUCUUUCCAGCCUAUCUGAGCACAAAAGGAAAAGCCAUGGUAGCUGUGGAGGUCUUCUCCAUCUUGUCCUCCAGCACUGCAUUAUUGGGAUGCAUAUUUUUGCCAAAAUGCUACAUCAUUGUUUUCAGGCCUGAGCUAAACCACCGCGAACAACUUAUAAAGAGAAUGUAGGACAUCAAGUGUUCUUUCUGGCUAUGGAAAUGAUUAACUGAACAAAAAGAGUAGAGUGCUGCUAUCUACAGGAAAUUAUAGAUGUCAUUGUUUCUAUCAAACAAGCUUUUGUGUAAAAUUGGGAUUAUUAUUAAAAUUCAUUGUUGCCUAUUCCAAAUGAAGUGCUCAUUUUGCUACAUUUUCAGCAGUCCUCCAAGGUUGCUUAACCUAAUCCUUUUUUCCUUUGAAUACAUCAAAGCUUUUUUGAGAUUUUGAGCAUCUAUCUCUUUAUAUUCUUAGGAGAUUGGAGAGAUUUAUUUUAAGGACACCUAAAGGUUUGCAGCUUCCAGUUCUUGAAAUGUAAAAGUUAGAAAAUCUUUGAACAUGUAACAGACGUUUAACUGUGUUUUUGGAAAUGUUUUCAUGAACGAUUGCUCUCCAUCCACUAAUGUAUAUCUACUGUACCUAAUUAUCCAAUUUUAAUAAUGUUGCAAUUUAGGGACAUUAUAUAAAACAUAGUCCUCUUUCUAACUCAUCCCAUUAGAAGUAUAUGCUGACCAUUGAUCAUAAUAAAUUUUGAUUUAAUUUGGUUUGAUUUGGGUGUGUCUUCCACUAGUCUUUUGGAUGAGACCCUUUCCAUUAUGCAUUGGCUAAUAAAAUACAUCAUCAGGCUGGAAAGCAGGAGACCCUGAGUUCCAGUCCUGCCUUAGCUAUGAAAGUCAUCUGGCUAUCUUUAGGACAGUCCUUCUCUCUCAGCCCAACCCACCUCACAGGGUUGUUAUUUGGGGAAAAUAGGAAGAUGAAAGUGUGUUAGAUAUUUUCAAUGCCUUGAGUUAUUUGUAAAAAUAAUAAAACCUAUAUGUGUGUGUGU